AUGACUGUUCUUUUGGCAGGCAUCCAAUUUGUGUGGACGGUGGAGCUGGGCUACGGGACACCGUACCUGCUCUCCCUGGGGCUGUCCAAGCCGCUGAUGACUCUGGUGUGGAUGGCCGGACCCCUUUCAGGGCUAAUAAUCCAGCCGGUGGUGGGCGGACUCAGCGACAAAUGCACAUCGCGGCUGGGCCGUCGCAGGCCGUACAUUAUUGGCGGCGCCGCCUUCGUGGUCAUGUCGAUGGUGGCCAUAGCGUAUGCGCGUGAACUUGCCCAGCUGCUGGCCCAGCUGAUAUACGGGGCAGAUCCAAGCACCGACUUUGUCACGCGCACAGCCAUCGUCCUGGCAGUCAUCGGCUUCUAUGUGCUGGACUUUAGCAUCAACACAUCGCAGGCAUGCGCCCGGGCAUUGGCGCUGGAUAUUCCGCCGCUGGCACAGCAGGACCUGGCGAAUGCGUACGCCGGGCGGAUGCUUAAUCUGGGCAGCGUCUCGGGCUACCUGAUGGGAUUCAUGGACCUGCGUGUCCUGGUGCCUGCGCAGUCGCAGAUGCAGGCGCUGUGUGUCCUGGCAAUUCUGGUGUUUGUGGUGCGCGAGCAGCCGCUGCAGCCCGAGGCCGUGCGCAGCGAGCCGGCGGGGCAGACGCUGGCGCAUAUAGUCAGGGGCGUGCGGCAGCUGCCAGCGCCGGUGCAGCGCAUCUGCAAUGUGCAGGUGUUUGCGUGGAUCGCGUGGUUCCCGUUCCUGUUCUUUGCCACGACCUGGGUGACCGAGAUCAUGGCCCGAACCGAACCGGCCGACUCGCCCGAGUUCCUUGACCGUGCGACACGCGCGGGGUCAUUCGCGCUCUUCCUGUAUUCGGUCACAUCCCUGGGGUGCUCAUUAGUGCUGCCGGUGUUUGUCAGUGAGGAAGGAAAGCCGUGGACCAUCGGGCUGCGUGCCAUGUGGCGGCUCUCGCUUCUCGCCAUGGGACUGAUUCUGCUCAGCACGUAUUUCGUGCCAAAUGUGCUUUUGGCCACAGUGGUGAUUGUCUCGAUGGCGUUCCCCUGGGCACUGGCCAUGUGGGCGCCGUUUGCGCUGGUCGGCGACCAGCGCCCUGCAGAACCCAGUGCCGACGACCGGCUGGCCGCAGGCACCAUACUGGGCAUUCACAAUAUGUACGUGGUGCUGCCGCAGUUCCUGAUCAAUGGCAUUGCGUCGCUGGUCUUUGCGUGGUUCGGCAGCGAGCCUGCUAAUGGGCUGCGGUCGGCCUGA